GCCCCCCCGGCCCUCGACCCCCGCCCGGCCCCGGGGGGCGCCGCCCCCAUGGACAGGAACUACCCGGCCGCCGGGUUCGGGGACCCGCUGAGCGCCGGGCCCGGCUGGAGCUACGAGCGCUCGGCCAAGGCCAGCCUGGUGUACGGGGGCUCGCGGGGGUCCCACCCCGACCCCGACCUGCUGCACCGGCAGCCCUACGGAGCGCCCCACCCGCUGCAGGGCUAUGCGGCCAACCACCACCCGCCAGGGCUGUCGGGGCUCUUCGAGACGGGGCUGCACCACGCGGGGGGCGCGGCCCCCGACGCCUCCGUCAUGAACCUGAUCUCGGCGCUGGAGUCGCGGGGACCCCAGCCCGGACCCUCGGCCUCGUCCCUCCUGUCCCAGUUCCGCACGCCCUCCUGGCAGACUGCCAUGCACACUCCAGCUCCGGCCGAACUCUUCAUCUCGGGAGCCCUCCCCGGCUCGGGCACCUUCCCGUCCUCGUCGGCGCUCGGUCCCUACCAGCACCCGGCGUCCUUCGGCGGCCGCAGCUUCCCGGUGGGGUCCCCGCUGAGCCUGCCCGAGGCCGCCUUCAGCCCCGGCUCCAACGGGCUGCUGUCCCCUCACGACCCGCUGCUGCACAUCAAGCCCACGCAGCCCGCCGUGCCCUCCUCGCUGGGCUUCGACCGCCUGGGCUCGGCCGUGCUGGGCUCGGCGCUGCCCGCCCAGACCCCUCCGUACCGGCCCGCGCCCAGUUCCUCCCAGUUCAACCUGCUGGCGGCCGCCGAGCAGCCGCCUCAGCUCUACAACGCUCCCGUCUUUGGCGGCGCCAACGCGGCGGGCGGCGGCGAUCGCGCCAUAUCGCGACAGGACAGCGUCAUCAAGCACUACCAGCGGCCGGGCGCGGCUCAGCCGCAGCUGCCGCCGGCGCCGGGCCUGCAGCACUACCUGAGCUGCGGCGGCUCCUACCAGCAGGUGCCCGCUCACCGCGCCCCGCUCUCCUGCAGCCCGCUGGGCGAGCAGUCUCCCGCCAGCUCCGAGGGCUCGCAGCAGCCGCCCAAGGCCGCCCCGACGGCGCCGCGCCCCGAGCCGGGCUACCGGCCCAUCAUCCAGUCGCCGGGCUACUCCGGCGGCGCCGCGGGCGCGGCGGGCAACGGCGGCGCGGCCGGCGGCAACGGCGGCAAGUCCAAGAGCUACUCGGCGUCGCGGCAGCCGCCGCGCUCCACCAACACGCCCAAGUGCCAGAGCAGCUACACGCCCAGCACGCCCAAGCCCAGCUCCGUCAUCGCCAGCCAGUCGCCCGCCUACUCGCCGGGCCAGCCCCCGCAGAGCCUGCUGGCCAUGGGGGGAGCCCCCGGCUACAACGCGCCCGGCGCGCCCCAGAGCCUGGCGGGGGCGGCGCAGCCCGCGGGGGGCUUCAGCGGAGGCCAGGCCGGGGACAUGGGGGGCAAAGGCGGCGGCUACCAGGGCGGGGGGCAGGGCGGCGGCCAGGGGGGGCUGCAGCCCUGCGUCAGCGCCGCCGGCACCUACUCGCCCGAGCAGCUGCAGGCGCUGCCCUACGGCGUCCAGCCCGAGGGGGGACAGGCGGGGGGCUACGGGCCGCCGGCCCCCUCGCAGGGCCUGCCCACGGCCAGCCCCUCGCUGACCUACAGCACCGGGCACUCGCCCGCCAUGCCCGGGCCGCCGCUGCCCUACGCCGGCCUGGGCGGCUCCAGCCCCUCGCCCAUCAUCCGCCCGCUGCAGUCGCCGCCGGCCGCCCGGCCGCAGAGCGGGGCCUCGCCGGGCCAGUCGCAGAAGUACCUGGGCUCGGUGCUGUCGCCGUCCUUCAUGGCCCCGCAGGGCUACGGGGCCGCUCCGGGCGGGGGGCUCGAGCGGCAGCCGCCCCCCGCCCCGCCGGGGGCGCCCCCCAAUUUCGGCAAGGGGGGCAAAGGCGAGGCGGAGCUGCUGGCGGCGGAGCGCAGCGAGGACGAGGAUUUCCUGAUCCAGCACCUGCUGCAGGCGCCCAGCCCGCCCCGAGAGGGGCUGGGGGGCUGCGAGGAGCGCCCCAAAACCCUGGGGGGCUACGGGGGGGCGCUGGGCAAGGAGGAGCGGUACCAGCUGCAGAGCGUCAUCCGGCCCAACUCCAACCUGGAGGCGCCGCUGGAGCUGGCGCUGCUCAAGGAGAAGAAGAAGCCGGAGAGAGGCAAAGAGUUCCGGGGGGCCGGCGGAGCCGGAGGGGGCGGCGAGGUGGCGGCCACCUCGGUGGUGCACUACGGCCACCAGGCGCCGCCGCCGCUGGACACGUACGAGCUGAAGAAGCCGCCCGAGCACCUGGCCGGGGGCAAGGAGCUGGGCCAGCCGCCGCCGCCGCACUCGUACCUGCCCAAAACCCCCGAGCACGGGCGGCUGGUGGGCGAGGGACCCCCGCUGGAGCCCCACAACCUCCUGCUGGACCCCUCCCCGGAGCUGGGGGGGUCUCUGCUGCCCUCGGUGCUGACGCACACCCAGAGCCAGCUGCACCCCCGGCCCAAGGCCAGAGCCCCGCUGGACGUUCACCUGCUGGAGCAGCAGAGGAUGCCGCCCCCUCCUCCGCCCCCUCCGCCGCCCCCCGCGCCCCCCUCGGCUCCGCCGGCCCCUCCGGCCGCCCCCUCCCCGCAGCUGCUGCUGGAAGCUCACCUGCACCAGGUGCGCUCGCAAGGGCUGGACCCCCAGGCCCCGCCGCCGCUGCCCCCCGACUCCAUGGAGGUGUUGCCCCCUCCCCAGGAAAUCCAGGACUUCUUGGAGCCCCCCCUGGGCUUGGAACCGCACCUGGGGCAGAGCGCGGGGGUGCAGGGACCGCCCGGGCACCUGCUGGACCCCGAGGGGGGGGUCCCGGCCGUGCCCCCCGAGGCCAAGGACCAGUUUUCGGAAGGGGGCAGCCCCGCGGGGGGCAAGGGCCGUUUCGUGCCCCUCACGUCCAUCUGCUUCCCGGACGCUCUGCUGCAGGACGAGGACCGCGGCUUCUUCCCCGGCAUGGAGGACAUGUUCGGACCCCCGCCCGAGGAUUUCCCCAAGCCCGCCGAGGAGGAGGAGGAGGAAGGCAACGCCAACGCGGCCGGGCUGGAGGCGCGGCCCGAGGGGAUGAAAGCGCCCCCUCCUUACGACAUGGGGCAGAGCUACCCCUCGUUCUGCCCGCAGGACGGGGGCGCCGCCGGGGACCCCCCCCAGCUGGGGCUGGAGCCCCCCAAACACGAGUUACCCUCCACGGUGAACGCGGAACCGCUGGGCUUGAUCCAGAGCACGGGCGACGGGGGUCCCAAACCCCCUCCUCCUCCUCUCAGCACCCCUCUCUUCUGCUCCUCCAAACCCAAAAAGCUGCUGAAAACUUCCUCCUUCCACCUGCUCCGCAAGCGGGACCCCUUCCCACCCCCCAAAAAAACCUACGCGCAGGAGUACGAGUUCGAGGAUGACGAGGAUAAAGCCGACGUGCCCGCCGACAUCCGCCUGAACUCGCGGCGCCUCCCGGACCUGCUGCCCGACCUCAUCUCCAGCUGCCGCCGGCCGCCCCUCACCCCCAUGGGCGACAUCGACUUCUGUCCCCACCCCGGCGCCCACCCCGCUCCCAAGAAGCGCGGCCGCAAACCCACCAAGCCCAAGCGGGAAGGGCCGCCCCGGCCCCGGGGCAGGCCGAGGAUCCGGCCCCUGGAGCCGCCCGGCUUCCCCGAGGGAGCCAAGAGGCCGCGGGGCCGGGGCCGGGGCCGGGGCAAGAAGGGCGGAGAGGACGGAGAGGGGAUGGAGCCGCUGCGGCCGCUCAAGAUCAAGCUGGCCGUCUCCAAGGCCGAGCCCGCCGCCGCCCCCGCCCCCUGCGGCGCCCCUCCCCCCGUGCCCGGCGCCCCGGGCCCGUUCCCGGGGGUCCCGGAGCCCCCCCCGGAGCCCCCUCAGGGCCGCGCCAAGCAGCGGCUGCGCGAGGCCGAGGAGAAGCAGCCCGAGGUGAAGUCGGGCUUCAUGGCCUCCUUCCUGGACUUCCUCAAAUCCGGCAAGCGGCAGCCGCUGCCCCCCAGCCCCUCCAAGCCCCCCAAGCUGGGCGCCCCCCAGAACUUCCCCCUGGGGGGGUCCCUGGAGGGGGGCGAGGGCGAGGGGCUGGUGAUGGCGUGUCCUUCGCCCUGCAAGCGCCUGGACGAGGAGCUCAAGAGGAACCUGGAGACGCUGCCCUCCUUCUCCAGCGACGAGGAGGACUCGGUCAGCAAGAACCAGGACCUGCAGAAGAGCAUCAGCUCGGCCAUCUCGGCCCUGGACGAGCCCCCCGAGCGCAGGGAGCCCCCCGAAACGCCAGGUGAGAGAGAUACCCACCUGCCAGGACCUGCCAGGGGUUCAUGGAGCUGCCAGGACCUGCAGAAGAGCAUCAGCUCGGCCAUCUCGGCCCUGGACGAGCCCCCCGAGCGCAGGGAGCCCCCCGAAACGCCAGGGAGCUGCCAGGACCUGCAGAAGAGCAUCAGCUCGGCCAUCUCGGCCCUGGACGAGCCCCCCGAGCGCAGGGAGCCCCCCGAAACGCCAGAGAGCUGCCAGGACCUGCAGAAGAGCAUCAGCUCGGCCAUCUCCGCCCUGGACGAGCCCCCCGAGCGCAGGGAGCCCCCCGAAAUGCCAGGGAGCUGCCAGGACCUGCAGAAGAGCAUCAGCUCGGCCAUCUCGGCCCUGGACGAGCCCCCCGAGCGCAGGGAGGCCCCCGAAACGCCAGAGAGCUGCCAGGACCUGCAGAAGAGCAUCAGCUCGGCCAUCUCGGCCCUGGACGAGCCCCCCGAGCGCAGGGAGCCCCCCGAAACGCCAGGGAGCUGCCAGGACCUGCAGAAGAGCAUCAGCUCGGCCAUCUCGGCCCUGGACGAGCCCCCCGAGCGCAGGGAGCCCCCCGAAACGCCAGGGAGCUGCCAGGACCUGCAGAAGAGCAUCAGCUCGGCCAUCUCGGCCCUGGACGAGCCCCCCGAGCGCAGGGAGCCCCCCGAAACGCCAGAGAGCUGCCAGGACCUGCAGAAGAGCAUCAGCUCGGCCAUCUCGGCCCUGGACGAGCCCCCCGAGCGCAGGGAGCCCCCCGAAACGCCAGGUGAGAGAGAUACCCACCUGCCAGGACCUGUAUGGAACUGCCAGGGGUUCAUAGAGACCUCCCAGGGGUUCCUAGAGAGCACCCAGGGGUUCCUAGGGAGCUGCCAGGACCUGCAGAAGAGCAUCAGCUCGGCCAUCUCGGCCCUGGACGAGCCCCCCGAGCGCAGGGAGCCCCCCGAAACGCCAGGGAGCUGCCAGGACCUGCAGAAGAGCAUCAGCUCGGCCAUCUCGGCCCUGGACGAGCCCCCCGAGCGCAGGGAGCCCCCCGAAACGCCAGAGAGCAUCCAGGGGUUCAUAGAGAGCAUCCAGGGGUUUAUAGAGAGCACCCAGGGGUUUAUAGAGAGCUGCCAGGACCUGCAGAAGAGCAUCAGCUCGGCCAUCUCGGCCCUGGACGAGCCCCCCGAGCGCAGGGAGCCCCCCGAAACGCCAGGGAGCUGCCAGGACCUGCAGAAGAGCAUCAGCUCGGCCAUCUCGGCCCUGGACGAGCCCCCCGAGCGCAGGGAGCCCCCCGAAACGCCAGAGAGCUGCCAGGACCUGCAGAAGAGCAUCAGCUCGGCCAUCUCGGCCCUGGACGAGCCCCCCGAGCGCAGGGAGCCCCCCGAAACGCCAGAGAGCUGCCAGGACCUGCAGAAGAGCAUCAGCUCGGCCAUCUCGGCCCUGGACGAGCCCCCGGAGCGCAGGGAGCCCCCCGAAACGCCAGGUGAGAGAGAUACCCACCUGCCAGGACCUGUAGGGAACUGCCAGGGGUUCAUAGAGAGCAUCCAGGGGUUCAUAGAGAGCACCCAGGGGUUCCUAGAGAGCUGCCAGGACCUGCAGAAGAGCAUCAGCUCGGCCAUCUCGGCCCUGGACGAGCUCCCCGAGCGCAGGGAGCCCCCCGAAACUCCAGAGAGCUGCCAGGGCCUGCAGAAGAGCAGCAGCUCGGCCAUCUCGGCCCUGGACGAGCCCCCCGAGCGCAGGGAGCCCCCCGAAACGCCAGAGAGCAUCCAGGGGCUCAUAGAGAGCUGCCAGGACCUGCAGAAGAGCAUCAGCUCGGCCAUCUCGGCCCUGGACGAGCCCCCCAAGCGCAGGGAGCCCCCCGAAACGCCAGUCCGGGCACCCCCCCGGGGCCGGGCGGGGGCAGGGCCGGGGCCCGCGGCUGAGGGGGGGUCCCCGAGCCCCCCGGGGGGGUCCCCCGAGCCCCCCGAGGCGCCGGACGCGCGGGCGCUGCACCUGGCGCAGAAGCAGGGCACGGCCGCCGUCUGCGGGGACACCAGCGACGAGGAGGAGAGCGGGGGAGAGGGCAUCUUCAGGGAGAGGGACGAGUUCGUGGUGCGCGUGGAGGACAUCCCCGCCCUCAAGCUGGCGCUGCAGACGGGCCGGGAGCCGCCGCCCAUCUGGCGGGUGCAGAAGGCGCUGCUGCAGAAAUUCACCCCCGAGAUCAAGGACGGGCAGCGGCAGUUCUGCGCCACCAGCAACUACCUGGGCUAUUUCGGGGAUGCCAAGCACAGGUACCAGCGGCUCUACGUGAAGUUCCUGGAGAACGUCAACAAGAAGGAUUACGUCAGGGUGUGCUCCAGGAAACCCUGGCACCGCCCCCUCGCCCUCAGUGCGCUCCAGGAAACCCUGGCACCGCCCCCUCGCCCUCAGGAGACAGAACCACCCCAAACCCAGCGCCCCCAAGCCCCCUCCCCCCCCCCAAAGCCGACCCUCCCGAAAAACCCCAAAAAAGCGAGAAAGCCCCAAAAGCCGAGAAGCCCCAAAAAGCCGAGAAAGCGCCCCGGAACGAGCCCGCCCCUCCCCCCCCCCGCGCCGGCCGCGGGGCCCCCCCGGGCCCCCCCCGGCCCCCCCAAGGCCAAGGCCAAGCCCCCCAAGGUGAAGGCCGAGCCCCCCCCCAAAAAGAGGAAAAAAUGGCUGAAGGAGGCGGCGACGACGUCGGAGUCGGAGUCCAGCCCGGACCCCCAGAGCGAGGAGGAGCGGGCCCCGCCGGGGCGGGUGCUGAACACGCGGGCCAUGAAGGAGAUGUACCGGAGCUACGUGGAGAUGCUGGUCAGCACCGCCCUGGACCCCGACAUGAUCCAGGCCCUGGAGGACACCAACGAUGAGCUGUACCUGCCCCCCAUGCGGAAGAUCGACGGCAUCCUCAACGACCACAAGAAGAAGGUGCUCAAGAGGGUGACGCUGAACCCCAGCCUGCAGGAGGCCCUGCACACCUUCCCGCAGCUGCACGCCGAGCCCGGCGAGUCCCUGGUGCGCCUGCGCCCGGGGGGGGACCCCUACAACCGCAAAACGCUCAGCAAGGUCAAGAGGAGCGUGGGCAAGCCCCAGGUACGGGGGCACGGGGGG